UAAAAUACGUUCCUGGCCGCUCAGCUGUUUUUGACAGUCAAAAUCGAUCGAAUACGGGCCUGAACGUGGCAUCAGCUGUUAAGCAUGCACACGUUUCUGCAGGAUUUACUGUCCGUAGUCGAUGACUUCUUAGUUUAAAAAUAAAUGCGUGAAAUGGAAACCUCACAAUUACCGAAUUUAGAAUGCGGCGUGAGUGCCUAAAUAUAAUUUUCCACACGCGUCGAACUUCUUAGUUCUUUAAAGUGCGCGCGUUAUGGGUGAAGUGUCCGAAGCGGUAAAAAAAGUCGUCGCGCUUUUAAAAAACGCGUCGACGGAUACGGAGAAAUUUACCGGUCUUUUUUUGGUUACUAAAUUAGUUAAGGCGAAAGAUUGUAAGGCGAACGCCAAAAAGCUGAUCUUCGAGGCAAUCGGGUUUGAUUUUCUGAAACGGCUGCUCCUUACGUCCGAUGUACCCGUCGACUGUCCACCUUCGAUAUAUAAAUCUGUCGCUCUGUCCGUCCUGACAUGCUUUUGCAACGAGCCGGAGCUGGCGACUCAUUCGGAAAUGCUCGCAAACAUACCAGUGUUUCUGGAUAUCGUUCAGCAAAGCGAUACAAGCGAUUACGACGAUAACUUAAUUAUAAUCAGAGAGGCUUACGGUUGUCUUAAGGCGAUCGUCGCGUAUGACCCCGGCCAGCAGGCCCUCUACAAGAUGGGCGCGGUGAAUAAAAUGUUGGAGAUCUACGCCCAGCAGAGCUUCCAAACUGACGAGGCGCUCGGUAUUUUGGUCACGUUGGUCGGUCGUUUCGGGGCGAGCUCGUGGGGCGACAACACCGGGGCUUUUCAUCAGAUCGUCAACAAAAUCGCUUUGGAGUUCGAGACCGAUCACGACGAACGCAAAUUCGAGCUCUGCCAAAUUUUGCAGUCGCUCUUGUUUAACGCCCCGAAGAAUGCGGUAACGAAAACGACGCCGCAGGAGGAGACGUGGCCUCAGAGCGUCUACAAGGGGCUCACCGACAUUUUGCAGAGUAAAAUCGGGAAGGAUCAGCGUAACCCCGCGUUAAUCUUGGCGUCGACUGUACUCAGCUUGUUGGGUGCCGAGUGGGCGACCUCUGAUGAGGACAAGCCGAAGCAGUUCUUCCUUUUGCUGAUUCAGCUGGCGGCAAUCGAGGUGCGGAUGCAGCUCGACGGUAAAAGCUUAAAGCAGGCGCACUCGCAGGAUAUUUUGGUGACCAGUUGCUACAUAAUCCUGGAGGUUUCGCUGAAUUACAUCGCGACCGACGUCCUCGACUUGGAACAAAAGGAGAAGCAGACACUUUACACCGGGCUCAAGGGCGCCUUCUCCGCGGUUAUCGGCCUUUUAACGAAGAUCUCCAACGAUAAGGGUCGCGAUAGCUUGGCAAGCGACGAGAAAAUUUUCGUCUGUGCCUCCGUACGCGUACUGGUAGCGUGGCUCGCCCAGGAGACGACGGCCAUGCGGUCUCAGGUCUACCAGCUGCUCCCGUACAUGCUCAGUCUGGCGAACGAGACUUUCAACCUGAGCCGUGCACGGAGAAUCGCCGAAAAAACCGGAACCGUAAUGGACGCCCCCCCGAAUCCGCUAAGCCAAAUGGAUAUCCUACGGAUAAUGCUUCCGGCUCUCUGCCAUCUGACGGUGGAGGACGAGGCCAGGAAGAUCAUGCUGAAAAUCAAGCAGGAAGACGUACUAUUCGACUGCUUCGAGUUUUACUGGGGCAUCGUGCAGAGAAAAAAGCCGAAGGUGCCCAGAUCCGAGCGGUUGAAGUUGCUCAAUCAACCACCGGAGGAGCUUUCCCCCGAAAUCCUCGAAGAAAUGCAAGACGCUCGCACGGCGAUGAUCAGCAUCUGCAAUAUUUUCAUGAACAUUACAGUUCUCGAGGCGAAACUCGUCGAAGACAGCGAGACCUUCAACAAACUGCUGCAAUUCAUCUUCGAGAACUUGUCCGAGUUGAAGAGCAUCCCCGAGAACCUAGUCCUGCACGGGCAUCUCGCCGUCCUCGGCCUACUACUGUUAAAGCAACAAUCGAAGCGCAUUAAAAAAAACGACUUCUCCAUCUGCCGGUACAUACAAGUCACCAUACGCUUCCUUUGGGACGCCUACACCAUCGACGAAUCGAGCGACCCGAACGCCUUGGUCGUCGCGAUCUCCUACAAGGAGCACUGGAUGGAGAUCAUGGAGCUGUGGUUUUUGGGCAUGCAAACGAUGUCGAGCGUGCUCGCCGUGGUUCCUUGGAUAUCCGAAUUCGCAAUCGAAAGCGGCUGGGCAGAGGACAUAAUUAAGAAAUUGAAAAAGGUCAAAAUCGGCACACUACAGCCGAACAUCAAAUCCGCAUACGAGGACUUCCUGUGCCACCUCGUCGACGCCGACGCGAACGUUGUGGACGUCUUGAAAAAGGCGGACGCGCUCAAAGUGUGCAGAAACCACCGAUUUAUGGAACUGGGGAAGAAACUGUUCGGGGAUUAAUUAAAAAUCUGUGAUAAUUUGCGUUUCUCUAAAUGGCAGAUUAUAUUUUAAUGAGGACCGCUUUUUUAAUUGCUUUAGAUUACUAAUGAGUAGUCUGAGUAUUUUUGAUAACGCAUUUUGUGUGUACCUAAUGAACUUUUGUACUUGUAACAUAUGCCAAAGUGGAAACUAUUAAAUAAAACUUCAACUGAACUCCCGUUUA